AUGCAUAUGGCUUAGAGCCUAUCAAUGGGGAAAAAAUGUGGUCAAAGGGUGUUGGUUAUCCAGUGCAACCUCCAUUGAUUAGGGCUAUGCCAGGAAGACCAAAAAAGAAGAGGAGAAGAGAUGUAGAUGAGAGGGAUCCAAACAACAACACACGGCUGAAAAGAAUUGGGAUUAGGAUGACAUGUCAAAACUGCCUUCAAGUUGGUCACAAUGCAAGGUCUUGCAAAAACGAAAAGGUGGACAGAGAAGAAGGAAAUCAGAAGCCAAGAGGUAGGCCAAGGAAGCAUCCUCUCACAUGCAGUGAGAGGCCUACAAAGGAGAGGAAGCGGCGCACCACAAAGAAAAAUGCUACAUCAGCCAUGAAUGAAGACACUGCUCCAACUCCUACCUCAACUGAUCCUGCUUCUACUGGUCCAGCCCCCACCUUACAUUCAACAACACAUGCAAAUGCUUCCACAAGCACAAUCAUGAAAGAAAGAAACACGGCCUUAAAAGGACUUGGGGUAUAUGUUGCUCAAGGGACAGGGAACAUAUAUGUCAAUAUGUCUUCAAGGAGUGCCCGAGGAACUUUCGUGCCACCCCGUCCCAACACAAGGUCUACAACCAGUGGAAGCCAAGCAUCUGGAGUAGGAUCCUCCAACACACAAUCUGCUCCAACUGCCCCAACAGGGUCCGCUCCAACACAAGAAUCACAAGGAACCUAAGCACUAGAUCAGUCCAUUUUGUGUUUGUAAAAUGUUGAUGAAACAAAUUCAGUGACUGUUUGCAAAUGUUAUGUACUAUUAACUUAUGAAUACUGUUGUGUUUUUUGGUUGGCAGAUCAUCUUCUAUCAAUGAAUCCUU